AUGUUAGCAGCACCGGCAGACAACCCCGAGAACUACUGCUACUGUUACCCUGAUAGAGAUCAUUGUCUGGGGAGCGGCAUGUUGAACCUGCAGCCGUGUGCGAAGGGUGCGCAGGUGAUCAUGUCCACGCCACAUUUCUACAUGGGAGACAAGGUCGAGCUGGCGAAGCUGGAAGGUCUUCACCCCAAUAAGGAAGACCAUGAGACCUUCUUGGAUGUUGAACCUAGGACUGGGGUGACCAUGAAUGCAGCUAAGAAAAUUCAAAUUAAUGUACCAUUAAAAAAGUAUGGUAACUUACCCUCCUUCAAGAACGUGCCUGAAGUUACCUUUCCAAUACUCUGGAUCAAUGAGAGUGCAACUGUUAAUGCCACAAUGUCUAAGGAUGUAAAAAAAGGCAUUACCUUGCCUUUUGUUGUGGUCAACGCCAUCUGUGGUAGUCUCAUAGCCAUCGGGGCCAUUCUUCUUAUUGUUGGCGUCAUCAGGUGUAUCAGAAUCAGAAUGUCUCGUAAACAACGGAAGCUUUGA